AUGGAAUUAUUAAUUGGAUUUGAUGGUUUUUGGAGGAAUAAGGUUGCUCCUUCCGAUGGAACGUUCACAGCUCGUGAACUUUUCUCAUACCACGAAACUCCGACUGCUGAAGUAUACACCGACAAGGACGUAGUUGUUCAAUGUGAAGACCCGAAGAAAGUCGGAUCUCAUUAUCACUGUGCUACUGUCGAAGGGAACUGCAAUGUUGCUGUCAAAGUGGCCGGAGUCUUCGAAUUCCCGAUGAAGGGCGCGUCUUUUGUUGCCACCACAUCAAAGAUGUAUUCGAUAAUCAAUGCGACAGGAACAUUCCUGAUGCCUUCGUCCGGACAGAUGCUUGUACGUCUCCCUACAUCAACAAUGCUUGAUAUUGGAGGUGUUAAAACAUAA